AAGGAGGGCACGCACACCAUGAAGGCAUGGUGGCGGAGGCACGGCACCGACCACCCCUUGCUCACGGCACUUGCGCGCCGUGUGCUGACACAGCCUGUGUCGGCUGCCUCCUGUGAGCGCAACUGGGCGGUGUGGGAUGCUAUCCACACCGCCCGGCGCAACAGGUUGGGGUCUCAGAAGCUGUCGGAUUUGGUGUAUGUUGCGCACAACUGGAACGUUGAGCAUGAUGAUGUGGUGGAGGUAGAGUGUGCUUCAGUGGAAGAUGGAGGUACUUGGAGUGUGUAGAGGUUGUUGGCGGUCAGUAUGAAGCGUGCAAGGAGGGCAUUGUUGGUGGGAUCAAGGAGAUCACAAUGAUUGGAAUGAGCUGGGAAGAUAGUGGUUACCCCUGCUCGUUGAAUCUCAUGUUGUGCAAGUAAGUUGUGCCGAAGAGUGGGCACGCAUAGGCCAGUGACUGUGCCAGAUGGGA